GUUGCAUGUUUCAACUCUUCCUUCACUCCGUCUGCUUUGUCAGUUUGAGUCACUCAGUCCUCUUGUUUGGAUUCUGCUCGCUGAAAAGCCGAUGAAGUGCAGCGCUACGAUUUCAAGAGUCUGGAACCUCAAACCGGGACAAACUCAAGCUCAAGAGCACCGUCUGCUGGCCGCAAAGAGAACACCUGAGGAUUCUUGUGGAUUACGCUGAAUCAACUUCAUGUAAUCCCUCCCUUUGUUGAAGGAGCUCAGACAUUUCAUCCUUUUUUUUGUGCUUUUGUAAUCCUACAGCCAAAAGCAUGUCAACAGAAAUGACUUUAUAGCCACUGACCGCAGGCAGAAAAGAAGAAAAGUAACAUAAAGCAUGGAGCCUUCAAGUUCUGCUCAUGCAGGGACUCCCCCCUCUACACCUAUAAUCCCCACCUCACCUACUCCUUGCCCCUAUGACUACUUGCAGUUCUUCUGGAAGUACCAGGACAAUUCAGUCCUCGUGGAGCAUUACAACUACACGGGCAAGCUGCAGAAAGACCGCUACCGUGAAGGGCUCAAACCUGAGGGCAUUGCAUUCCUGGUGGUGUGUCUCCUCAUUGUCCUGGAGAACGCUGUGGUUCUCAUCGCCAUUUGGAGGAACAAGAAGUUCCACCUGCCCAUGUAUUACCUGCUGGGAAACCUGACUCUGUCUGAUCUGCUGGCUGGGAUUACAUACAUGGCCAACAUUAUCAUGUCUGGACCUAAUACUUUGAAACUGACACCACUGCUAUGGUUCCUCAGGGAGGGAGGAGUCUUCAUCACUCUGGCUGCCUCUGUAAUUAGUCUGCUGGCCAUUGCAAUUGAACGGCAUGUUACUAUGGUGACUAUGAGGCCAUACCACGGGGCAAAGCGGGGACGGAUGUUGGCAUUGAUUGGUGCAAGUUGGGCCUUGGCAGGGUUUUUGGGGGUCCUUCCAAUUUUGGGAUGGAACUGCAUGCACAGACUGGACCAGUGUUCGAUAGUCCUCCCGCUUUAUGCCAAGAGCUACAUCCUCUUCUGCGUGUCUGUGUUCAGUGCGGUGCUCCUGGCCAUCGUGGUGCUUUACGCCAGAGUUUUUCGCAUCGUCCGCACCAACACGCAGCGGCAGCGGCUGGGCCUGUCGGGCAGCAUGAGGAAGGGCUUAGCGAGGAAGUCGCAGAAGUACAUCGCCCUCCUCAAGACAGUCACCAUUGUGCUGGGCGUCUUCAUCGCCUGUUGGCUGCCCCUCUUCCUCCUCCUCCUCCUGGACUUUUUCUGCCCGGCCCGCACUUGCAGCCUGCUCUAUAAGGCUGAUUACUUCCUGGGAGUAGCCAUGGUCAACUCACUCCUCAACCCAAUCAUCUACACUCUGACCAGUAAGGACAUGAGGAGAGCUAUCCUGAGGCUGCUCUGUCGGCCGUGUCUGAUGACCAGAGAUGGCCAGGUGAAGAAGAUCGGGAUGCCGUUCCUGGAGUGCAGUUUCAGUAAAACUGAGGUUGCAUCCCAGAAGCUGGAGGGCGGACCGGAGACGACAAUUUCCUCUGGGAACGUUAUCACCACCCCGUCUCCUAUUAAGGCCCUUUACCCGAAACUCUUCAAGUCAUAAGGACUGGUAGUGACUGACUGAAGUGUGUGAAUGGGUUUCCCACUGAACAGAGGACAUGUAGCACAUCUUCCUUAGAGAUGAAGCAGUUGUGAUAGUCUCACGUUUGGGGAAGGUGUAUGAAAUAUUUCAGGAGACUCAUGUUUAGACAAAUGACUCACCUUGACAAUAAGAUGUGGUGCAUUUACAGCAAGACAACCAUAUCAAAGGACUUCAAGGUGAGGAGGCUACAAAACAGAAUGAUCAAAUGUGAACAGGCAAGCAGUUUUCUUGAGUCUCCUUAACUAAUUUGCACUGAAAUAUCACAAUGAAUGAUGACGGAGCAGCCUUGGAUUCGAUUUUCCUGUGGUUCUGUAGUUUGUGUCGAAGCCUGGAAGGAGAUUUCUGUAAAGCCAAAGACUUUUGUGAUUGAAAAAGUCACUCCCACACUUUGGGGGAAAAUGUGGUUAGAUUUUCCCCUUUUUUUUGCAGUUUGUUAUUGAAGUGCCCUAAACACAGCACGAACGCUCUUGAUGCACGCAGCGUGCAAUCUGUGCAUCACCUGGAUUUCGCUGGUUGAAAAGCCCUUAACGUUGCGUUAGAUUUUUGAUCAGAUGAUACAGUAGGGAACCCACACAUGUGCAUAUCUGAUACAGGCAGGAAAUAUAACAGCAAAGAGAGAGGUUGCACUUAAAAAAUGCAGCUCAAUGAAAAAUGUUGUGGCAUAGCUGUGGGAGGGAGACGCGACAUUGAAAUCCCCCACUCUUUUGAGAUGACAGAUGGUUAACCUAUCUGAUACCGAGAGGAAAGUUGCUGGCGAUUUUUUUUUCUCAUAAAUGUCAGUCAGGCAUCUGCUGGAAAACAGCUACGGUAACAAAAUGUCAACAGAUGAUGUGACAGAUGUAACAACAAAAACACCUUUUCCCAUUGUGACAUAAUUAACUUCAGUUGCAUCACUUGCAAGUAAAAGCCAGAUGAAUUAUGACUUAUAUUUCAAAUUAAGCUGUAGCUGCAUCAGGACUUUUUAAGGACAUGAAUGUGCCUGCACUUGUAAGCUAUAUCAUGCGGAAACAGUGCAAUUAUUCCAGUACUUCCCUUCAUAUUCAUCAUGUAAACAGAAUAUUUGUGGUUAUAGUUUAAGGUACUUCUUAUCUUUUAUACAGAUGUUGUUGUUUUGUUUGUUUCUGGACCUUAAUUAAUAAAUGAGAUGGGUUUUUUUGUACUGUAAGUCAUGUAGUGAACUUUUUGUAUUUCUGAAGACUUUUCAUAUUCCCUGUAAUGUAAAUUAUAUC